UGUUUACGUCAUCUAGAAGCGCGCAAGUGCCUUGUGGCUGACAGCAGUUUAGUGAGCCACACGGUUAGUUAAUGCUUUUAGGACAAUCCAUUACUUUUAUCCUUUAUUGAAUUGAGACGAUGUCUUCGCUUCUUAAGGUGGACAAUGAAAUCAAAAAAAAGGUUGAUGCUUUCAGGGAACGAAUUACAUCAGAGGCUGAAGACUUGGUUGCAAACUUUUUCCCGAAGAAACUGUUAGAGCUGGACCAGUUUUUGAAGGAUCCCACAAUUAAUAUCCGUGAGCUGAAAGAAAUUCAUUCAGAGAUCAAUCUGACGGUGCCAGACCCAAUUCUACUUACAGACAUCCAUGAUGGACUGGAGGGGCAGCAAAAUGCUAAAAAGAGGAAACUCGAAGAUGGUGCAGGAGAUGACAAAGUUGGCGGUACCAAAGUCUUUGUCAUGCCUGGUGGAAUGAUGAAAAGCAAUGGCAAGCUGGUGGAGCUGAUUGAAAAAGUCAAGCCUGAAAUCAGAACUGUCAUAGAAAAAUGCAACACGGUUAAGAUGUGGGUUCAGUUGUUAAUCCCAAGAAUAGAAGAUGGCAACAAUUUUGGCGUCUCAAUUCAGGAAGAGACGGUGACUGAACUCAGAACAGUGGAAGGGGAAGCAGCUUCUUUCUUAGAUCAGAUUUCCAGGUACUACAUCACAAGGGCAAAGCUGGUUUCCAAAAUAGCAAAAUACCCUCAUGUUGAGGAUUAUCGUCGCACGGUGACAGAGAUUGAUGAGAAAGAAUACAUCAGCCUCAAGAUCAUAGUGUCAGAACUGAGAAAUCAAUACGUAACAUUACAUGACAUGAUCCUGAAGAACAUAGAGAAGAUCAAGAGGCCGAGGAGCAGCAAUACAGAUGCUCUGUACUAAGAUCCCCCUCCCCUUUCAUUCUUGGCCUGUUGUUCCACCAUUUGGAGCUAGCUUUAGCCUUCAGUUGGUUCUAGAGCAGUCCUGUUACCCAUUAUACCCAGGCCAAGAGAAUGACACCUCAAUCUGGCCUGAUAGUACAUGCCACUUAAGAUAGAAUUGUAAAAUAUGGUCACGAUUUUAAACCCUUUAAAAUGAGCCCUUUUUGAUUUUUAUUUUUUUGUUUCUUAGUGGACAGUAUAAAUGUAUAAAGGCAGAACCUGAAUAAUGCGUCCCGAGGAAACUGACUCCGAUUUGUUUUUCUUUAAUUAAAGAAAUGUUUCAACAGUGGAUUUAAUUUU